AUGGUUAGUCUUAAUGAAAAAAAAUCUAAAAUUCAAUAUGUUGUACAAAACAAAACUGAAUGGGUUGAUGAUGAAAAUAAAUUUGGUAGAAGAAUGCUUGAAAAAAUGGGUUGGAAAUCUGGAUGUGGAUUAGGAAAAAAUGAAGAUGGAAGAAAAGAACAUAUUGAUUUAAAAUAUAAAAGCAAUUUAAAAGGAGUUGGUUUUAUAAAUGGUAUAUAUGAUUCAACAUGGAUCGAACAUUCACGUUCAUUUGAUUCACUUCUUAAACAACUUAAACAAUCUCAUCCAUCAUCGGAUUUAUCUUCAUCAUCAUCUUGUAUUAAUGAUUUUAAUCAAACUGUUCAACAAACUAAAACAAGAUUUACUUAUAAAAAACAAUCAAGUGGAAAAGAUUUAAGUUCAAGAUCAAAUAAUGAACUCGAUUGUAUAUUUGGUUGGAAUAAAGAUAAUCAAAUAAAUCCUGACCAAACAAAACAAGAUUCAGAUGAAGAAAAGAAAAGUGAAACAAUAUCAGAUAAUCUUUAUAAAACAAGUAAACAAUCAAUACACGACUAUUUUAAAGAAAAAUCAAAAAAAAAAGUUCUUAUUCAAUCGGGAGAAUGUCAAUCUUCAAAUGAUCAUCAAAUUAAUUCAGUCGAUAAAAGUUCAUCUUAUCAACAAAUUCCAUUGAAUAAAUCAGUUAAACAAUUAAUUGAUAAACAAGUUGAAUUAACAUCUGAUACAAUUUCAAUAAAUAAAAGAAAGCAUAAUAGAGAAUCGACCAACGAUAUUGAUCAAUCAGAAAAAAUAAAUAAAAAGAUAAAAUCUAAUAUAUCAAAUAUUGAAAAUCCGUAUAUAGGUUCAAAUUUAUCCGAAUUCGAAGGAUAUCAAGGUUGGAAUAUUGAUUCGACUUUAGAAAAUAUAAUUAAAAAAAAAGAUAAACAAAAAAAACGUCAUAAAUAA